AUGGAAGUGCAAUUGAUCGAUUUGCUCUUCUCACAGGCAGUACUUAUCCCUCUGGUGCUCGGCGGCAUCAUCCACUUCACUGUGAUCGGGAACACUCUGGUCUGCGUCGCCGUGUUCCUCGUUAAGGAGCUGCGGAGGCCGUGCAACUAGUUGGCUAGUCUGGCAGUUAGUGAUCUCUGCGUCGCUCUCCUGGUAAUAUCGAUGGAGUUGCUCUAUGAAAUCUCUGGUAAUUGGUCCUUCGGCAAAAUUAUGUGCGACCUUUGGGUUAGUUUCGACGUACUAAGUUGCACCGCCAGCAUCCUCUAUCCCUGCAUGAUCUCUGUGGACCGAUUCUGCGAGAUAACGAAGCCGCUGAAGUACGGGGUGAAGGGGACACCGCGACGAAUGGUCAUCUACGUCAUCCUAGGUUGGUUGGCGGCGACCUGCAUCAGUCUGCCUCCCCUAAUGAUCAUGAGGAACGAGCGCACUACUGAGACCGGCGCGACCAUGUGAGUCUCCCAGAACUCCUACUAUUAGAGCUACACCACGUUGGGACGCUUCUACAUACCACUCUUCGUUAUGAUUCAGGUGAGACAUCGUUGA